GUCUCCCCUUCUCCCUAUGGUUGAAGUCGGGCGGUUGUGGAAGUUUUGGCCCAGUAAUGUUUAGUGAGAAAUUAUCUUUGUAGCUCCGCGUGUAAAUAGGACUCGGGAUUUUUUUUUUCGCCGCUGGCGAGGAGACUUCGAGGGCUUUUCUCAGAUCGGGCCAAGGCGAGAGGGGCAUUCUUUUACUGUUGUGGGGGCUGCUCCUGACUUUAUUAAAGAGGAAAUGUUUUGUGCCUACUAUUUGCAUAUAUUCUGGGAUAUACAUUGCGUGUGUGUGUAUACUAGGUCUAGGAUGUAACUCCUGAGUAGAAACGGAUAUUGGAACUAGUGUGUGUGAUUUCGCUUUGGAUUUUAAGAUUACGGAAAGCCUUGCCUAUAUUGAAGUAUUUCCUAGAUUAUCAAACUAGAGUGGGAUUAGUGCACACGGAUUAUCAAACUUGUUUCUUAUUCUGAGAUUCAUAACAUUGUCAGGAUUGGAAAGUGUUGCCAAGUAUUUGUACUUAGAUCUCUGGUGGCAGCAUCCAGUGUUCCAAUGAUACAUCUACAUUAGAAAUAUCUGAUGAUAAAAACACUAUAGGAUAACUUAAGCCACUGGACCGCUCCAUGCUUAGCGCCUUGGAUACAUUCAUUGGAUAUUUGCCUAUUUUGAUUAAUCAGAACUGGAAAAAAAAAAGGAUUAACAGAAUUUCUCUUGAUCCAAAUUGGAAAGCAACCUGCCACUCCUUGUUGGAAGAAAAUCUCCCACUUUCUGGACACAUGAAGACUUUGAAGAAGUCCCCAGUCUGUCUCUCUGUGUUCAUACAUGUCUCUCUCUCUCUCUCUAGUUAAGGACAUAGAGAAAAGAAGGACUUCACAAUCUGUGCAUGCAACACAGACCAGUCAUAAAGCACAUUACCUUGUGUUACUUACACAACAGAUGUCCACAGUUUACAGUCUGAAUUAAGCCAACCUCCUGGAGGUUUAGCAAAUUUAGCAGCUGAUGUUUAGUUAUUGAUCUCUUCCCCCCCAUCCACAUGUUUGAUUUAAAAAAAAAAAAAAAGAAACAAUAACUUUUUUUUUUUUACACUAGGCGAUGAUCAAUUCUGUGUUUUCUAUAUUUAAGUCAUAAAGCAGGGAGAAGGCUUUAACGGAUGGAUUUAAAAAAUAUACAUAGAGAGGCUUAUGUAUACAAUUUGAAAAAAAAAAGGAAAGAAAAAAAGAUUAAACCAGGGAGAGAUUUGUAACAUUUGGAUUUGAAAAUCUUUGUUCAGAAUAAAAUUUGGAUCUAUGUUGUCAAGUGAAGUUUAAUGGAGAAUUAAUCUUGGCUAAUGAAGUCAUUCAAGUGUUAUGAGGCAAAGAUUCAUGUGGGACUUUAGUAUCUAGUGGAUAGUAAAUUUGAUCUUAAGAGAUUCUCAGCUUCGUAUUUGUGGAUUUAUUCAAAUUUGUGGAUUAUAUUCAUUUUUAUAUUUUAAAAAAAAGUGUUUUGUGCCCUGAUGUAAAAUAUGUGUGGUUUGCCAUACUGCUGUAGGCCUAGCCAGCCUACAGUGUCCAGAGCAGGCUGACCAGCGACCCCCCACUAGUGUCACGUGAUCGCUGUGCUGCUGCUGGACAAGGAUGAAGGAAAGGGUGGACUCUACCAAGAUGCUGCGCGACCCGGGCAUCAACCCUGGCAUCAAUGGCCCUGUCCAGGACUCUGCCAUGCCUGGCGGGUUGACCAGCUUGGAUGGGGUGGAUGUCAAGGCUGAGAUUAAGGAAGAAGAUGGUAGAAAGUCCAGUGACUCCCGGCCACCUUCAAGGAAAAUACCAAAUGGAGAUUCUGAGAGCACAAUGGCUGUCAAGACAGAGGACAACAAUAACAAAAGGAUCAAAGUGGAGAAGAAAUCUGACAGCAGCAAGAAAGAAAAUGGAAAGCCAGGUUCAGUUGGUCCUGAUAGUCAGAAGGCAUCGCCCCAGCCCCCAACACCCCAGCACCCUUCAUCGGGUGGCACGACUCCGGCCACCAUGAUGCCUUCACAGCAUGGAAUGAUGGGCUCCUUUGAGCCUCCAUUCAUGCAACAGCAAAGCGAGAUCUUUGUCUUCUCCACACAGUUGGCCAACCAGGCAGCGGAGAGCGUCCGGCUUGGCCAAUGUAAAAGUAUUAUACAGUAUCACAUGGAUCAUCCAAAUACAAAAGCAUUUUUAGCUAAAAAUCCACUUAAGGGAAAUAAUUUUCGACAAGGCAUGCCACCCAACAUGAUGGGAGGGGGUAUGAAAGGGCAGCCAGGUCCUGGUAUGAUGCGCAUGCACAACCCUAUGCAACCUAACUGGGGACCACAGAUGCCGCAGGGGCCUGGCAUGGAUGACCCAGGCAUGAUGGGCCCCGGAGGGAUGAUGCCAAAUGGGCCUUACCAACCUGGUGGCCCGGGUCCACGGAUGAUGGGAGGGUGGCCUGGCCAAGGUUGUGGUGGCCCCCACCCUCAUAGUCAUGGACCCAUGGGUCCUGGUGGAUAUGGACCAGGUAGUUUAAUGGACAUGGAGAAUGAGCUAAUGAUGGCUGGCCACCUCAACCCAAACAUAUCUUCUAGCCAGGUGCCAGAUGAGAACCUGACCCUGGAACAAAGGCAGCACAGAUCUAAGGGCCUGGCCCAGCUCACCAAAAUUCAUCAGAUGCUGAUGGGUGUAAAUGGGCAGCAUGACGGGAAUCAGCCACCCAUGGGCCCUGAUGGUCAACCAUGUGGGCCAUCCAUGUACCCAGGCGGCCCUGGAAUGAUGUCGCCGCAGCAGCAGGCCAUGAUGUCUCAGCAGCAGGCUAUGAUGUCACAAGGAGGCAUGAUGCACCCUCAUGGCAUGAUGUCCCCUCAGCAUCAACAUAUGAUGGCACAGCAGGGUAUGCCACCCUAUGGACCUCGAGGUCCACCUGGAAUGGUACCUGGCAUGAAUGGAAAGGAGCAGUAUCAGGCUCAGCAUGACUGGUAUCAAAUACAGAGAGAGUAUUACAUGGAGAAGCAACAUCGGAUGCAACACAUGGCAGCUAAUAGAGGUCCUCUUAUGGAGCCUGGGCCACCUCCAUCUUAUUAUUCAUCUAUAUCACAGAAACAUGGGGGCAUGGGCCCAGCAUCUCCCAAUAUGAACGGUAUGAGGAUGCCUAUGCCACCCCAUGGGCCUCAUGGCCCGAUGGGUCCUGGAAUGGACCCUGAUGGAAUGGGCAUGUAUGGAGGGCCACCUGAUAUGUGCCGGCCGCCUCACAUGGGUAUGGAGCCCAUGCCUGGAAUGCAUGGGUAUCCCCCUCACGGCAUGCCACCCCAGGGGCCCAUGGAUCCAGGAUUUGACCCAACUAUGCCUGGUGGAAUGCCACCCGUGAUGGGGCCUGGCCCUCCGGGACCAGGCGGGCCCCGGCAUCAUGGACCCAUGAGGCAAGCGCACAUGAUGGGACCCAACGGCAUGAUGCCAGGCAUGAAAAGCUCCAGCCAAGUAAUUCUCCACAGGGCAGGUAACCCAGAACAGUUCAAUCCUGAGACAAUGGGUGGAGUUGUUCCUCCAGUGACUGCAUCAUCAGGUAGCAACAACAGCAAACCACCUCCUAGCUAUGCACAAGCUCAGAAACGCAAACGUGGUGAUGACAUGGACGAUUCUUACGCCAAAGGAAACCUCCAGCAGACUCCAUCCCCCACUAAAAUCCAUUAUCACCUGAGCCAGUUUGAAGGGCAAGAAUUAACUAUUACUAAACAGCUGAACUCUGCCUUUGUAGCUGGCAGUGGAGGAGAUGAGUCGAACUCUAUAGGACCUGCACUAGGCAGUGGCUCACUUGGGACUACAACUCCUGGUGGUCAUUACAAUAGCCAUGCAAACUCUCCCUUACAUAGUGGUCCAGGUUCUAAUAAAGGACCACACUCUAACUCCAGUCAGACUUCUAGCAACAUGGCUAACUCACCAGCUGUUUCCACAGCAGGACCCUCACCUCAUCAUCUUCCUCAAGGGCCGUCAACUCCUCACUCCUCCACCACAACCAAUGCUGGUGCCAACAUAAGACUAUCUCACUUUGAUCCCCCAUCUAUCAGCAACGGAGUUGGCAGUGCACCACACACUCCCAACUCCAAGGCUUCAUCUGCCAUGUCUAACAUCACAUCAGCUAGCUUAGCCAACCUGGCCAAAGGGGUGGAAAACCUGUCCAAUCAGAUGCAGCAGAACAUGAUGCAGGGAGGGCCAUUCCACAGCAUACAAGUGCAGGGCCAAAUGACCAGCAGCAGUGGUGGCAGCAACAGCAGUUCGAACAGCUCCAGCAGCGGCUCCCUAUCCACAUCUGCAGCAACCACAUCUUCAUCUACAUCAUCCUCAUCUGCCGUCCCCAAUCCAAACUCUGGGGUUAACAGCCAAGCGCCAAGUGCCCCUAGUGUGAACAAUACAUACAUAGCCCAGAACAUGUCUAUCUCUCAAGUGAAUGUCCCUCCUAAUCACCCUUCAAUGAACAAUUAUGUAAAUAUGCAGAUGCAGUGUAUGAAUGCUGAGUCCCCUCAUAUGAACAUGCCCCCAUGCAGCAUGCAACAUGGAGGCAUGGGGCCCCAAAUGGGCCCAGGAUCUGGAAUGAUGGGAGGAGGGUCAAGGCCUGGAAUGUCUCACCACAUGACUCAGUCUCAGAGCAUGAUGUCUUCAAUGACACCUUUACCUGGUGGACCUAGUCCAGGUAUGGGUCCUGGGCCCGCACUGCCCUCCACUCCCAUGUCUGCGACCAUGAACCCAUCCAUACCUCCUCAUAGACCAAACUCAUCUUCCAGUAUGCCCCCAACACCUCCCACACUGUCCAAAGGUAGCCAGUUUACCAGCCCUCCCCUCUCACAUACUCAGCUGAGUGGGUCAGGCCCACCUUCACUGAGUGGUGUAACAUCACCGUCCUUCCCUAUAACAUCGAGUUCAAACUCCAGCGUUCAGAUACAGCAAAAGGGCCAUAACACGAUCCAGUAUCUUCCAGCCAACCCACCUACAUCCCAAGCAUCAGGAACAAAGCAAAGGACUGAGAUAGACUAUAGCAUGCCUCGGUUCCCAUCCCCACUUCACAACAUGGAUGGGAAGAAUCCUUCAUCAACUUUACAGUACUACCCUAACUCUUCACCAACGGGUCUCAGAGGUGGCCCUCCAAUGUCCAGUGCCCUCUCUGCAGCUGUAGCCAUGGGACCUGAAUUCGCUAAUCAAGCAACCAUUGCUAUGCAUCAAUCUGCCUCUAUGAUGAGGAGCUCAAGCAUACCUGACCUUCAAGCCAUGCAGAACACCGGACCCAGCAUGCCACCAUCCCAAAUGAAUAUGUCUCAUGGCAUGGGGCAUUCCAUGGGAAUGGGACCCAUGGAUAACAAUGGACAUAUGGUGGGCUCAAUGAUGGGUGGCCCUGAUCCUAUGAUGAGCAUAAGCAGCAUGCGGCCUGGCCACUCCCCUGGCGCUAUAAGGUCUAUGCCACCUGGGAUGGGACCAGGCAGCUUAGAAUGUGUUUCGCCGAUUCCUGGAAUGGGUGGUUAUAUUAAUAAUGGGCCCUCCAUAGAACAAGCUCAGGCACAGGCCCAGGCACAUGCUGCAAUGAUGAUGCAAGGUAAUAGCCAAAUACCAUCUUCAUCUCCACAUGGACCUAUGCCCUCAGGUGGCCCUUCACCGCUUAUGACACAUGGCCCAAUGCCUGGUAGUUCUAUACAUGGUCCCAUGCCACCUGGAGGAAUGCCAGGCUCCUCCCCUCAUCACAUGCAAGGGCCUCCGAUGGCCCAUGGCCCAAUGUCUGGCUCAAUGCCAGGCCCAUCACCGCACGGUCCAAUGCAAGGGCCAUCUCCACAUAAUCCCAUGUCUGUCCCCUCACCGCACAACCCAAUGUCUGGCUCUAUGCCUCCACAUGGACAUAUGGGCCACAUGCAUGGACCAGGCAUGGCCCCUGUUGGCAUGCCCCGACACCCUGGGAUGGGUGGAAUGAGGAUGCCCUCACCAGGAAUGGGGGGAAUGCCUCUUGGACCAGGACAGUAUGGUGGAAUGCAGUAUCCAGGGUAUCAACAGGACUAUUACUCACAGGGCCCACCUAGGGGUCACCCGCGGCAAAUGAUGCCUGGCAUGAUGGGUGGUGGAGGCCAGCCAUACGGAAUGAUGCCAGGACCAAGUUGAGACAUAAAUAAACUACUUAAAUAAAACUUUCAGCCUACUUGAAUGUGUUUACACACUGACCAAAUAACACAAUCCAAAUUGUCUAGCAUGGUCAAUGCAGGUGUUUUGAAUCUGAAAACACAAGAAGUGAAAUUAUCAAGAAUGGACAGAAUAACACAAGUGUUCAAGUUACCACAAGUGUGUUACCAGGAGAAGAACACAAGUGUUUAACAUGUUAUGACCUGAGCAAAGCAAUACCACAACAUAAUGGACACUGACAUAAUAGCAUGUACAUGAAUAGUCUCUGUAGGUUAAAAUCUUGACCACAUCAACAAAAUGUUAUAUAUUGUCUUUCAUGAGGUCAACUCAGUUGUCAACUAUUUCUGCUAAUUUACCUUUAUUUUUAUUUGUUAAACUUAAAGGCUUGUUUACAUUAUUCUUAGUUCUAGGUAAAAAUAACUGGAAGUCUGUUGUUACUAGAUAUUGUCAAAUUACACAAUGAAUGUGUAUAUCAUACUAUUCACCAUCUAUUGAAAACCACAUCAAUGAGGAUGUCCAUUUAGUACCAAACUUAUGUGUACAGUCAUCUGUACCAUAGAUAGCAGUAUCAAGAUAUUUUUUUUCAUAACUGCCUAGAAUUCUUUUGUAGAAUUCCCAACUAGAAAAACCAGCCUAAAUAAGGAGGAAAAAAAAGCUUUUUCUUUUUUCAUAAUAUACUGUAAUCAGUGCUUCUAAACUUUUCAUUCACUUGCACUCAAAACUUCAAUGAUUGACAUUCUCUUUCAAAGUGCAACUGAUUUUAAUCAACUCAAGAGUUGUAUAUUUCAAACAUUUCUCCAAUGAAAUUGUGUAAGGGAGUUAACAUUAAAGAGGAAUUAAAUCCUACUUACUGUAGUAAGUCCUGUAGGACAGCUUUUCAAUAAUGUUGUAGUUUGACACUGGACACCUAGAGAGCUAUAGCCUUACUUUAAAUGUACAAAUGUCCAGAGGUUUAAAACAAAUAUUCAAAUCAAGUAUGUUAGAACAACAACAAGUUUUCAGGAUAAGUAUGACUGGAUGAGAUGCAUCUCUAAAUUAUUCUCUAUUGAUUCUUUUGAAAGAACAAACACAUUUCUUUCCUUAUUUUAUUUAAAACAUGGCAGUCAGUGUUUAACGUUAGAAUGAUCUGUAGUAGCUUCCAUUAGAUAAGGCUUGACAACAUUCCAGAGAAUUUCAGCCUGGGUUGUUUUUUUUUUUAAGUGUAUAGAAAAGAUUUAUACAUGUUACUGUGAAUAAGAUUAUUUCCACUCUUAAAUAACUCUUUUAGUCUAUAAGUUGCAAUUAGUUUUUAUUUUAUAAAGAUUUAAGACUGCUAUAGUGGGCCAAAUGAGGCGUAUUGCUAGUUUAUUUUUUUAAAGUUUUUGAUCAUUACAAGAUAUCAGCUGAUGAAGGGUCAUCUCUGUUGUCAUAUAUAAUAUUGAAAAAUGUGAUCCAGCAUAUAAGAUCUUACAACAUUAUCAUUUGAUCUCCUUUAAUAGUUGGUUUUGCCGAAGCACUGACCUCAUUAUAUUGUACCUGGUUUCUGAAUCAAUUACUCUCUCGCUUGUCCAGUGACUAAGCAGACUCGAGGUCAUUUAUCUGUUUAGUUUGUUUUGAAGUUUUUAAGCCAAUAGCUAAUUUUUGUAUUCUAAUUGAAAUUGUGCCUUAGAUAUUUCCAUUCAGUGAGUACCCUACGCUGGACAAUUGCUGAUCAUGUGUUUUUUAUUAUGGUUUCAUUCACUUUACUUACUCGAAGCUGAUGUUUUCAGAUAUACUAAGUUCUUCCCUUUUUAGCAAACAUGUUUAUUGUUUUGUUUUUGUAAACUGCUGGUAGAAAGGAUUUUAAUUUUGGCUAGUUCCCUAACCCUGCUUACCUACUCCCCCCCCCUCCCAUUGCUGCCCUCACUCCCCCUACUUCCGCUACCAAAUAAAAAAACAACUGCUUGCUGAAUUAUCGUUGGUAUUUCAUCUUUUUCCAAGUCUGAUGGUUAAUUUGUUCUCAUGUCCACUUUGGUCAAAGACUUAAUUUAAACAUAUAGGUAGUUUGUUCUCAUUUCCACUUACUUUGGUCAAAGACUUAGUUUAAACUUGUAGGUAGUUAGUUCUCAUGUCUACUUUGGUCAAAGACUUGAUUAAAACUAGUAGGUAGAGAUAAGUUUAUACGAAUGAAGAAUGAUCGUAAUUAUUUUUAUUUAAAGUAAAUUGUUCAUAUAAUUAAUUUCUUUUGACUGUAUCAGCUUAAACCAAUUGUUCCUUGUACAAUCUUGCAGUUCUGUUUUUUUUUUUUAUUCUUAUUAAAACCACACAUCAGAUCUCAUUUACAAAUAUUUUUUUGUGAGCCUCUACUGCUACUGCUGGGUGACUUUUUAUGUUAUUCCAUACAACGCAACCUUCAUUCUUUUUACUAUUCUGUUGAUGUUAGGUGUAAUCUGAGUUUAGAGUCAUCUGUGUGCUGAUGAGGUGUUGACUUGUUUGAUCCAGUGGUCUAGCUUUACACUUGUACAUACAUCUCUAUAUUCCUAUCAAUUCUAUAGAUCAAUGAAAUAUUUGCUGUACACAUUGACAUUUUGUUCUUGUCACUUUUUUAUCAAGUUUUAUAUAUCUCCUAAUUUUUGUUUUUGUAUGCUUCCUUCAGAGGUCAAAGUUCAGGAUUUGCUCAACAUGCUCAUACUUUUAGCUGACAGUAGUGCUCUAUGCCUUGAAUGUAUCAUUUUGACAUACAGUUUCUUUAGGAAGACUUGAAUAGCUUAUCCUCUAGGAUUCGUCCUUCUAGGUAGUAAAUAUUUGAAAAUUAAAUCAACACCUGGCUGAAGGUCUGUCUCACUGUUGAGCCAGCCAGUAAUGCAAAGGACCUUAGGAAAAAAAAUUCUCUUAACAUGAAACUUAGAAUGUUUUUAAAAUUAAGUGAAAGAUCCGACAAAAUGGCAUCAGGUGUAUCUGUUUAAACCUGUGUGUUUAUAAUGCAAAAACUAGUAGCUUUACAAACAUAGAAAUAGCAGUCUCCACAUCUUGACAUGUGAAUGGAUGUUUGUUAUUUGGUGAAGUAUUUGGUGUUUCUUAAUGAACUUUACAAAAACAACACUUAACAUAAAUAAUCGAACUCAACUGCAACGAUCAUUCAUUUCUGUUUAUGGUGAUCCUGAUUUACUUUUGUUAUUUGUUUGUACAGAAGGCUGUCUAUAAAAUGACAUGUUCAUAAUUUGACUCUAAAUAAAACAAAGUGUUUUCCCAACUUGUAUACAUUUCUGUUUUGUUCAAAUAUCAUGGCCACAUAUCAGAUUAUUUCUUUAUACCUUGUAUUGUGAGGUGUGAUGCUUGUAUAGAUUCAUUUAGUUAGGGGUAAAACAAUUUAACAUAUAUUUCAAAGAUCACCAAAAUCUCUGGUUCAUUUUGCUGUGCAUAACAAUAGAUUUUGUCUUCAAUGAAUGAAUAAAUUAAUGUAUGCAAGAUGUUUGUUUCAUUAAUUCCUGACAUCUGUAUUUUUAUUUUAUUGAAUAGUUAAAAGUUCUUGCAACAAGCAAUGACACUAAUGUGCAAGAGAAACUCAUUUGAAAUGCGUUCCAUUUAAAGAACUUGCACUACAGCUUGUAAUGACAUGCAUAUUAACAGAAUGUAUUGAAGAAUGCACAUUAUAAUUACUGCAUGGUUGUUGUAUGGUUUGAUCUCUAAUGCAUUAGUAACAUGAGUGUUAUAGAUCAGGCUGUAACUCUCUGCUAGAACUGAUCUGAUAGUGGCGCAAAGUCAAAUAUCUCCAUCAAUAAAACCUUUUUUAAAGGCUAAAAUUGCUUUUCUUAUUAAUGAAUUAAUAUUAUACCAUACCCUUGAGAGGCCUCUUAAAGUAGUUAAUAUAGAAUCUACACCUAGAGAUGACCUCUUAACUUUUUCAGUGCGGGGUUACUCUCAAGGAGUAACUUCACUAGCGCUGCUGGUGGAGACCAAUUUUCUUGUAAAAUAAAAUCAAAUGUUUAAGUUAUAUUAUAACGUGAAAAAGUUACUGAUAGUUUUAGUAACUCUAACCACCAUAAAGAUUUUUGUUAGUUUAGGAAAACUCCAUUGUUUUGAUCAAAAUAAUUCGCACUGAAAGAGGUAAGUAGUUAAUAUAAAAUCUAAUCUAAAGUUUGUAUUAUGUGAAGGUGACUAAAGAUGUUAGUCUCUGCCUUGAAAACUUGUUGCUAUUCUAGACCACCUUGUUUUUAGAAAUGUUUGUUUUUUCUGUUCUCUUAGCCUUUAAUAUAAUCCACUGACAAUUAUAUGUUAUGUCAAGCCACUAUAUGUAAUCCAUGGACAUAUCCAUUGUAUAUAUACUACAGUUUUCACCUUUGUGUACAUGUCUAGCUGGACCUAUGUGAUAUUUCCAUUGUAGAAAACUUGGUCCCUCUCUGUAGCACAGUCUGUUACACUGUUCAUCAAUUUGUUUGUAAAAUGUUUUACAUGUUUCGGAUGUUCCUUCAGAGUUGAAGAUAGUUUACAUCCUAGUCCAAACCUCCCGCAGGACGACGGGGGAUGGGAGCGGGCAAGGAUUUGAACCCUCGACCAUCGAUAAAUCCAAACGACAGUCCAGCGCGCAAACCGCACGACCAGGCAGCCAUCCAAUGGUUAGUUGUGUUUUGUUUGUGUUUGUCCUUUAACAUAUUUUGUUAACAAAAAAAAUAAGCUUUAGCAUAAUGAGGAAAACUUGUAUUUUGUGGGAGCUUGAAAAAUUAUUACAUUUUAUAAAUUAAAUAGUUAGAGAUUAUUCCCUAAAAUUAAUAAAGACAAUGCUUAUGAAGUAUUUAUUAAGUGUAAUAUAUAUGUCUCUCCUUCUGUCUCAGAAGACAUCCAUGGAAGACAAGGGGUGCGCUUUAAUAGUGGUGAUGAAAAGAAAGUGUAUUUCUAGAAGAACCAUUAAUAACAGCAUUACUUGUUCAUUGUGGCACUGGCUGGUCAUUCAGUAGACACAAUCCUUUGCUUUAUUUGAUCUAUAGAUCAGAGUAAGGAAGAAAAAAAGUACUACUUUUGUUUUCCUUCAUAGAUAUUUACCAUGUCAUUGUAAUAAAACUGUUGCUUCCCUUUGAGACAGGGUAAUAUACUUACUACUCAAACCAUCGUACAAGAAUAUGUUUCUACCUGGCAUAAUAUUCUCAUGUCCUGUUUGUCUAGUGUUGCUCUAGUAUUUGGAAAACAAAUACAAUGCUGUACUAGUAUGGUCUCAAGAAGGUAUAAAGCUGUGCUAGAGAAUAGUUUCAGCCAGUAGAUGAAUCCCCAAUCUGUUGCAAUUGCUUAGCAUUAGAGUUUCUAUUUUAGAAUUUGUAUGAAAUUUACUUGUGUGUGUAUAUAUAUAUAUAUAUACAUACAUAUUUUUUGAAAAUAAUGGACAAAUGUAGUCUCUCUAGAAUUCUGUGAAAUAGGAAAUGCUGUCAUAAUGGUCAUCCAAGUCAGAUGGGAAAUUAAAAUGUGUUACUACUAGAUGAAUCCUCUUCAUGCCUGGGUGCAGCAUGUCCUCAUUCUAAAUCAUGCCAUACAUUGACCACCCUGCAUAUACAAAAGAACAUAUCAACUAAACCUUGCCAAAGUUUGUUUCCAUUGCAUUUUAAAACCACAUUUUUUUGGUCUUUUGUUAUAUAUAGCAACAUGUCAUAGCCACAAGCCGCUCUGUCCCAGUGUUGGCUAAAUGUAGCUUCUAUAUAGAAUUUUUUUUUAUCUGUGUGCAAUGUUGAUAUAUGAAAGUUUUUUUUUAAAUCAUACUUUUAUAUUUUGCAUGUGAAAAAAACAACUCACACACACACACUCAAUGAACAGCUAUAACAUUGUUAUAGUUGAACUUUGUGAGAUUUGAUGGUGUUCCCCAUCUUCCUGUAUAGCUCCCCUUUUUUUUUUUUUAUUAUGUUCCAAUGAAUGGAAUGCAGAGGUGUCUAGGAAGACUUUGACAGCGAAUGUAAUAUUUGUACAUUUAUACAUAACACUAUAUACAUAUAUACCAUCAUGUUUUGUUAGAAGUAUAUACUAGUAGUUUCAUAAUGGAGUGUCUGUAUUUUUUGUAUCACUGAUUUGUUGGUGUGUGUCUCUGCUCUUCAUCUACUUCAAAGAAAAACUCAACAUUUGUGAAUAGAUACGUCUCUCUAUAUAUAGAUCUAUAUUUUCUAACUUGCCUGAUACAUUUGUUUUGUUUCUUGUUCAAAUGAUAUCAUGGAGAUUUCCUUUUAGUUUUUGUUUGUUUUAUAUUUGGACAUUGAUGUGUAUAUGAGCUGAACAUUAAAAUUGUGCAGAUAUUUGAUUUCCCAUGUCUCUCCCUCCUCAUGUGUAUCUAACCAGCCAAUCAGAGCACUUGACACACUGUUGCUUGAUUUUGUUAAAAAAGUAUGCUCUUUUGUCUUUUUUUUUUAUAUUAUUAUUAUUGGUAUUCAUUUUUUUUUAACUCUCUCUCUCUCUCUAUUUUUAACUUUCUCUCUAUUUUGAUGACAAAUAAAAUUUACUAUUAUAUUAA